AUGUCAAAAAGUUAUUACCCUUUCUUAAAGCCUUCAAAACAGACAUGAGUGCCUUGGAACAAGCUCACAACGCGCUCAUUCAGUCAAGAUCUUAACAAAGUUUUAAGGUCUUCCAGAGCAAAAAGCCCAUCAAUGCAAAAAAUCGCAGUCCAUAAUUCUUUACAGAUCUCCCCAAUUAAACCAAAGCCGCCAAAGCAUAGCCAAGACAAUUCUCCUACAUUUUCAAUAGAUUCCUCCUGCAACAUUUCUGCUGAUUUUUAUUUCCGUUUGCCUUCAUUUGUGAAAGAUUUAGACUCUGACCGAACAAGACCAAAAACUGCAAGGUCCAAAAGGAAUGUCGAGGUUGGAGAAACUCCUGACUCCUUUAUAGAAAAUUAUCACCCCAUUAAUAGAGGGUAUUCAAAAGAGCAAGCUGGGAGUAUGCUAAAGAAAAAACUAGAGCCGAGGCAAAUAAAAAUUGUUUUUAAGUCAUUUCAAACAAAAAGGUCCUUAUCUCCAAAGAAAAGGCCGAUGGAAUAUUAUUCAGCGAGAAAAUUACAGAAUAAAGAAAGUGCAAGAAAAGAAGAACCAGUUGUUGUAGGAAGUAAAGUAAAGAGAUAUUAUAUGGAAAAACCAAUGACUGAAAGAGAAAGACAUCGAGAUUCGACGAGGACUGAUAUUUUUAUGACAGAUGAAAUGUUUAUGAUGCCUAAGUUUUCAGUGUAA